AGCAGUGUGUGCCGGCUGUCGACCAGCACUCUGCUCCCAGGCCUCAGCAGAACACCACCCCUCAGUCGACCAGGCCUCAGCAGAACACCACCCCUCAGUCUCAGUUUCUGGAGGUCAUUAAUUAUCUCCAUCUGGUCCUACAAGUUGACCUGCCGUGAUAAUGGCGACUGACCUGGUCCGACACUUAGGUGGGUGCCACUGUGGUGCCAUCAGGUUCGAGGUUAUGGCACCCUCUACACUGAUCGUCAUCGACUGCACUUGCAGCUUGUGCGUCAAGAAACAAAACAAGCACUUCAUCGUUCCCUUCAGCCAGUUCAAGUUGUUGAAAGGUCACGAUGCUCUCACCACCUACUCCUUCAACACUCACACAGCCAAACACAACUUCUGCUCCACCUGCGGUGUCCAGCCCUUCUACAUACCCAGGUCUAACCCAGACGGCUACGGUGUAGCACCCCAUUGUCUGGAUGACGGCACCGUGAAGAAGGUCAAGUACGAGAAGUUUGACGGCAAGAACUGGGACGACGCGAUGAAGAAGAACUCUCAUAUUUCUAACUACUCCAGGGAGACCAAGAAGUAAUACUUGGUGGCCUCAGCUGCUGUACCUAGAGGCCGCAGCUGAAGUGUCUAGUGGCUCCACCUGCUGUGUCUAGUGGCUCCACCUGCUGUGUCUAGUGGCUCCACCUGCUGUGUCUAGUGGCUCCACCUGCUGUGUCUAGUGGCUCCACCUGCUGUGUCUAGUGGCUCCACCUGCUGUGUCUAGUGGCUCCACCUGCUGUGUCUAGUGGCUCCACCUGCUGUGUCUAGUGGCCGCAGCGGCUGUGCCUAGUGGCCACAGGUGCUGUGUAGUGGUCGCAGAUGCUGUGUCUAGUGGCCACACACAGUGACGUAAUGUAGAUGGUUAUAUUCGUUGUAUUUUAAAAUAAUUACAGGUAAUUGUGCAUUAUAUAUUUUGAGAAUAUAACCUUAUAAACUAC